CCUGUAACCCGCUGUAAGGAAACUGGGCGCGUGCUUUUCAAAACAAACCAGGGCGGAUCACGUGCACUGGAGAGCAAAAGCGGCAGCUCGCGCACGGAACACGGCAUUUCGCUUCAGGUGCGCUCAUGGUUGUACUGCGUCAUAUCUCCGUGGCGUUUAGCGCCGCUAUGGCUGCGGUCGGGACCGCGCUGUUUAUCGCACUCAAUCUUUUUUAUAAAAGACGGGUAUGGACACCAGAGUCAGACUACUACACGUUCCGAGAGGAAGAGGAAGAGCGCAGUGAGAAGCAGGUGCUUGUUCUUGGGUUGGAUGGUGCUGGUAAGAGCAGUGUUCUGCAGGGGCUGAGUGGAACAGACUCCAAGAGGGGCUGCCGACCCACACGCGGCUUCAACUUCAUCAGCCUACACACACCUGCAUGCCAGCUGGACUUCUUGGAAAUUGGAGGUGGUGAAGACUUGCGAAUGUACUGGGUGGAUUACCUAAGGAGAACACAUAUCUUGGUGUAUGUGGUGGACUCCUCUGAUAGAGGCCGGCUCCCUCAGGCCAAAGAUGAGCUCCAUCGAUUACUUAAAGUAGACACUGAUCUACCAGUGGUGGUCUUGGGAAACAAGCAGGAUAAGCCUGAUGCUGUUAGCGUCCCAGAGCUGCGUGAGGCUCUCUCACUGAGCUCAGUGGCCGAUCAGAGGAAGCUUUUCCUGCUGGCUGCUCAGUCAGGAUCUGACGGAUUAAGCAGAACCUGCAGUCUCCAAAAGUUUCAAGACCUGCUUCUGACAUUGGUAUGAAACCAAGCUGCCACUUGGCACAAAAUUGGCACCACCACUGUGCCAGAAAAGACUGGCAAAGAGAUCUUGAGGAAUGAGGGAGCGUUCGAUGCAUCGGUUUCAUCCUUAAAUCGUGCGAGGAGUAAACAGGACUUGCAUCAUGACAAUGCUGAUGUUGUGACACUGAAGGAGUUGAGCAAACACUUUUUUCAAAAUGAGUACUGUGGGCAUUAUUGCUGCUAGUUGUACAUUUUACAUUGACUUAUCAUUAAUAGGAUUACUAUAUUCAGUAUUACAAGGCGCACGUUACAUAUGCUUUAUCUCUGCAUGUGGAGUCAACAAAAAAAAAACAAGAAAUUAUAUUUAGCUCAAAAAUGAAUGCUCUUUGUUCAUGUUUCCCAUAUAUAUACAUAUACACACACCCAAUAGGACAUUCCAUGAGAUUAACUCAAUUUAUCAUUGCAUGCCAGAUUGUGUUAUUGACAGUGAAUACCUCAGGUAAUUCUCUUUUCAUAUCUGCGAUUUAGGCUUCAAAUGGAGAUUUUGUUUUGAAGCUGUACAAAAAUAAGGCCUUUUUACUGUAAAAUUAGUAUGGUCUACUUAAGCAAGCGAUUUUACUUACCUUCAAGAGCUGGUGGUAUAUUAGUAAAAACUAUAUGAAUUUCAUCUCACAUUCAGUCACUAGAAAAAUAUGGCUUAACCUAGAACUUUAUGAACAAAUUAAAGGCCUCUAUACAUGCAAAUGCAUUGUUUUUAAUAUUAUAGUAUAUGCAGUACUAAAUUAAUCGGAACCCUUACACAUUUGAUAAUCCUGGAAAUUCUGUCUUGCUAAUAAUUUGAUAUAACUUGUUAUAUAACAGCUGCCGACAGAUUCAGACUUCUUGUACACAACCAGUCAUGAGCAUUUUAUUUAGCAUGUAGCAUGUGACAUUUCUAAGAAACAGUUUAUGAAGCAACAACCAUGUCUACAGAAGCACUACUACAGUGCAAACAUGAACAAAUCUCUAAUUAUUGUGUCUUAAAUCAAUGUUCUGGGUUCAGCUCUAUACACAGCAUUAUUGGCAUAACAGAACACAAACAAUAUCUGACUCGUUGGUUGUCCCCACCACACAAAAUCUAUCAUUUAAAACAUUAUUUAUUACUUUAAUGGUGCAAUAAUUACUUUAUGUUAUUAUCAGGUGCGGUCACAUUUAAAGUCGCUCUAUGAAAUUUUGGACAAAAAACUCAUUUCAGUAGGAAUCUACUGCUCACAUUUUUGCAUGCAUAUUUCAAGUUGAGUUUGCAUUGCCCACACUAAAUUUGCACCAGCAGAAUACUGCUCGGUUUAAAAUGGACUUCUUUGUGCACUACUUCACUACUGACAGUGAACAACAGAUGUUUUGUACUGAUAGUUUGCUAAUGUAAUGCUAAUGUAGCACCUUUACAAAGUUAAUAAUAAAUAAUGAAUGUUUAAAAUAAAAUGUCAUACCCCUCUUCAAAAAAAAAAAAAAAAAAAAAACUAGCUAAACUUUCACUGAACCCAGAUUUUUUUCUUCAUGUUGCACUGCACUGAAGAGUUGUUUUCACUCCUGUGUAUUGAAUAUUUUGGCCAAAAUGCAUUAAACUUA